GAUUUAGUUCUAAUGCUCAAAUUGCUAAAAAUGUUGGUAUUGUAGUUGAAUGUUGUGAAUGUAACAAGUGGCGUGUAUUAUAUACAAAAGAAUCUGAAACAUCCAAAGAUGAUAAUAUUAAUAAUUAUGAAAGUGACAAUGUAAGUAAACUUUUUGAGAAAGUUAAAGUAAACAAUAGCUUGACAUGUGAUUCUUCAAUGGAAAUUCCUUAUUAUUCAUCUGAAUUAUUUGAAGACAUCUGUUUUCAAUGUGGAAAAAUUCCUGAAGAGGGCGAUAAUAAUCAAGUUAGUAUUGAAGAAGGAUACUAUUAUUAUUGUAAUGAAUGUUAUAUUACAGUUAAUAAUAAAAAAAAGGAGUAG